GGCAAAUAAGUGGUCAUGUUUUGCUGUAAAGAACCAAGUUGGAGGGCCGAACCCAUUCCCCAUUAUUGGGAUAUAUAUAUUCCAUACAUAAACUCGCACCCGGAAAUAAAUCCCAAUCUCACAAUUUUUACAUCAAAAAACAAAAACAAAAAUGGAGAAAUCUCACACAAAUGGGCACACCAAGAAAAAGCUUCACGCAAUACUAGUAACACUUCCUCAACAAGGCCAUGUAAACCCAUUCGUGCAGCUAGCAAUCAAGCUAGCAUCAAAGGGCAUUUCCGUCACUUUCAUCAACACCGAUCACAUUCACCAUAAGAUUACUCGCUCCAAUGACAUCGCUAAUGAUAUCUUUGUCGAGGCUCGAAGACAGAGUUCUACAAGCCUCGACAUCGAUUACAUGACAAUUACCGACGGAUUACCGUUGGAGUUUGAUCGGUCGUUGAAUCAUGACCAGUGGGUUGGGGCUACUACUCAUUGUUUUCCGGCGCAUUUGGAGGUAGCUUUGUCCAAGAUCUUGAGAUCUGUGUCGUCGUCGUCGCCAUCAACGACAUGCUGCUUGAUUGCUGAUAGCUAUUUUGUUUGGGCGUCUAAGGUGGCUCGUAAAUUUGGGUUGUUUCAUGUGUCGUUUUGGACUGAAUCUGCUAUGGUUCUUGAUAUCUAUUUUCAUCGGCAUUUGCUUCAUCAAAAUGGCCACAUUGGUCCAGGAUCAAGUACGCGCAAGGAUACCAUAGACUACAUACCAGGAAUAAAAUCAAUUCAACGAAAGGAUUUGACAUCAUAUCUUCAAGAAGAGGAUUUAACAACAUUUCAUCCUCAAUACAAUUUAUCAGCCUUGGACGACACUCGAAAAGCUCAUUUUAUACUCGGUAACACGGUUCAAGAGCUCGAGUCUCAAACAAUUUCGGCCAUCCAACCCCACGUCCCCUUUUAUGCUAUCGGGCCUCUAUUUGCACCUGGGUUCAACAAAAGCCCGGUGGCAACUAGCCUUUGGGCCGAGUCUGAUUGCACCCUUUGGUUAGACUCGAGACCACCCGGCUCGGUUUUAUAUGUUUCUUUUGGUAGCUAUGCACAUAUUGGUAAGGAGGAGCUUGAGGAGAUAGCAAAUGGGAUCAAGCUUAGUGGGGUAAAUUUCCUUUGGGUUAUCCGGCCCGAUAUGGUGAGUUCUGACGACCCGGACCCACUCCCGGCUGGGUAUAGGGGCGAGGUCUGUGAUCGAGGAAUGAUUGUUAAGUGGACUUGUCAAAAGGCGGUGUUAGCUCAUCGCGCAAUAGGAGGAUUCUUAACGCAUUGUGGUUGGAACUCGACAAUAGAAAGUAUAUGGUGUGAAGUUCCGUUAUUGUGCUUCCCCUUGUUGACGGAUCAAUUCACAAACCGUAAAUUAAUUGUGGACGAUUGGAAAAUCGGGCGCAACCUUUGUGACGAAAAACCCGUAAAAAGAGAGGAAGUUUUACGAAAAAUAAAGGAUUUAAUUGGUGGAUCAAUGGGUUUUGAGCUCAAUGAUAAAAGUAAGGAGAUCAAGCGACUACUAGAAAUUACAAAAGGGUCUGCUGAGAAAAAUGUUGAUAGUUUCAUCAAGGACUUGAUGAAUGCAGCAGCUACCAAGAAGAUUUUUUGAUACAUUUAUGAAUUGUUUUUAACUUUUUCCCUUGCUUUCUUUUCAUGUUUUAACAUGAUUUGGUAAAAUCAUUGUUAGAGAAAGUUUAAGCUUCAUUUUUCAUAGGAUGUUAUAAUAAUCUCAUAGAAACUGCGCGCUCAAAA